AGAUCAGACAAUAAGGUGACAGUCCACUUCAUCAACAGAGACGGGGAGAAGAUUUCAGUGAAGGGCUCACCUGGAGACUCACUGCUAGAUGUUGUCAUUAACGAAGACCUCGACUUUGAUGGCUUUGGAGCGUGUGAGGGCACGUUGGCGUGCUCCACAUGCCAUCUGAUCUUUGAUGAGGAAGUCUACAAGAAGCUGGGUCCGGUUACAGACGAGGAAAUGGACAUGCUAGACUUAGCCUACGGCCUGACUGACAC